AUGGACCAUGAUCAUGACUCGAUGGGAGGGAGCUGCACUAUGAAUAUGCUUUGGAACUGGCAAACUAUCGACGCUUGCUUUGUCUCUGCUCAGUGGCAUGUUCGGUCCAAAGUCGGAUUUGCGUUCUCAGUUAUUGGCGUCUUCCUCAUAGUUCUUGGGAUCGAGGCCUUCAGGCGAAGCGCUCGGGAUUAUGACCGCUGGGUUACAACGCAGAAAAAGAUACGACUCAACAAUAAUUCUUCGUUGACGCAUUGGGAUCUGAGGCCUACAUGGAAUGAGCAAGUUGUCCGUGGGCUGUUUUAUGGAGUACAAUUCAGUGCUGCCUAUAUUCUAAUGCUUAUUGCGAUGAGCUACAACGGAUUUGUGUUAUUUGCUAUCUUCCUGGGAGGCUUUGUUGGGUAUACUUUAUUUGGAGGGGAUACCUUUGAACUAGGAGCGACCAGUGAUGCUGCGGCGGGAGGACAUAGUAGCGCCUGUUGCUAA